AUGACUGUCAAGAGGAGGAACCACGGAAGGAACAAGAAGGGCCGCGGCCACGUCGUGCGCGUGCGGUGCGCGUCCACCGCUAAGGCCAUCCCCAAGGACAAGGCCAUCAAGCGUUUCAUCGUCAGGAACAUCGUGGACGCCUCCUCGCUCCGUGACAUCCGCGAGGCGUCGGUGUUCGACAACUACGCCCUCCCCAAGCUGUACAUCAAGCAGUACUACUGCGUGGAGGCCGCGGUUCACCAGCGGAUCGUGCGCUCCCGCAGCGCCGAAACGCGCAGGAACCGCGACCCCCCCGUGCGGCACCGGCCCAAGCGCGACUAGGCUGACUCGACCAUGGCCCGGAGGCUGAGGAACCGUCGCUAACCACGGGCUGGCUAGCAGCUAGGCUUGCGUUUGUGUGCGGUUCUUUCUCUUCCAGGGGGCGUGGAGAGCAUGGGGACGGUUCGCCCUUCAGGCUGCGGCGGAAUCUUUCUGUCUCGCCCGUUUAGGACGACAGCAUGGCGGUCACGCGAGUUAACGGUUGGCCUAUUUGACCGCAACUAGUGCUGCCGUUGUUACUGUGCCCUUGGUUGUCUUGGCGCUCCGGUUGGUGAAUGGCCGCUCGUUCGCGGGGAUUAGAGUCGGUUGCUGCUGGUUCUGUGGUAUCUGCUGGGGUGGCUGGCACCGUUGGAAUAUCGGUGCCAGGUUAGCCGGCCCUGUCAUCGACGGGACCGGCAAACGAAACAAAAAAAAAGGUGUCUGCGACCUGUGCUUCACGUUGUCAUACUUUUUCUUGGCAAUC